AUGGCGACGACGUCGUUUCGGAGUAUUGAAAUCACCGUCGUCUCAGGGGAGGAUUUGCGAAUCGAUCGGAAACCUGUGAGUAGGAAGACAUUCGUGACCGUCAAGUUCGCUCGCCAGAGCUUUGGCGGCGGCGGUGGAAGUACAGAAAUUGACGAACGAGGCGGCAGUUAUCCGUUCUGGAAUGAGAAAAUGGCGUUGGAGAUUCCGGUGGAUACAGUGUUCUUGACGAUCGAGGUGCAUUGUGGUUCUAAUUCGAGGAAUAGGAUCGUCGGAACUGCGAACGUUCCGGUGUCGGAUUUUCUCGGACGGUAUAGGCCGGAAAGUUAUUUACAUUUACUGAGUUAUAGAUUGAGAGAUGGAAAUGGUGAACGAAAUGGAAUCGUUAACAUUUCAGUGAGAGUUAAGGAACUGGAAUCGGACUCGGAACCGGCGAUCACUUCAAGAGCAACGGUUAGAGUUCCAGUGGCGGAGACGGCGGCACUCUGCCGGAGUAGCGGCGGCGUAGUGAUCGGAGUUCCUAUUUGGAGUUCUUACUCUUACAAAUCUUGA